AUGCAGCUAUUAACUCGAGCUGUCCACGGGACACUUUUCCUCGCAGCCCUUGCAAUCGCCCAUGGCGACGAUGAUUCAAUGGAUAUGGACAUGGGAGUGGGAAUGAGCAUGGAAAUGCACGAUACAUUUAGUGCAGCUGCAACUACAACAACUUCCGUCUCAAAAAGUUCUCAAAGCAAUGGCCCUACAAGCUACUUUGCUUAUGGCCAGCAUUCGACCACUAUUAUAGCGCACAUUGCAGCGAUGAUUAUUGCCUGGUGCUUUGUUCUUCCUCCAGCCGUAUUACUUAGUACUGGGCGCUCCCGCCUUGCGCUCCCGCUACAGUUCUUGUUCCUGGUCUUUAAUGCCCUCGGCUUGCUCUUCGGAAUGGUCUACAAUGGACAAACUCCCGAUCUAUACGAAAAUAAUGCCCAUCACAAAAUUGGCUGGACCGUGACAUGCGUAAUCACUGUGCAAUUCGUUAUGGGCUUGCUAUUUGUGUAUAACCACCGUGGCAAUUCCCAGCAGUCGAAAUCAAGAUCUUUUGAUCAUGCUACCUUCCUCCCUGUCGCUACCGAUGAGCAUGAGUACCUGCCCCAUGACAGUAGCCCGGAAAUUGAACAUAGCUCUUCCAUACACAGCCCUUUAUCGCCGGUAUACGAGUCGCAAGCCGAGUAUGACGAUUUGGAAAAGCCCGAGGAACUUUAUUCGAAAGUUUCUAGUUUGCGUGGCUGGUUCUAUAAUAAUAUCGUCGAUCGGUUCAUCCAAAAGUCCAGGCAUGGAAAACUCUCGACCGGUGUCUCGAAUCGCGUUCUACACAUUUUCAACAUUGUAUAUGAUGUGAUUGAUCGGAUCAUUCUUCCCUUCGGCUUUAUUGCUAUUGCCACAGGAGCUGUCACUUAUGGUGGCAUCUUCCACGGGAAAGACGUCUUCAAUGGCCUAGCGCACUUUAUUAAAGGCGGGAUAUUUUUCUGGUAUGGUAUCCUUACUGUUGGCCGGUUUGUCGGAGCCUGGGCAGACUUAGGGUGGGCCUGGAACAAGAAACCCCCAGCAUAUAUCGUCGGCUGGAAAGCAAGGGUGCCCUCAGGCGAAUUUGUGGAAUCGUUCGUGAUAUGGUUGUACGGCAUUACCAAUGUUUUCUUAGAACAUCUGUCUGGAUGGGGAGCAGAGUGGACCCCGGCUGAUAUGGAACAUGUCGCAAUCUCUAUUAUGUUCUUUGGUGGUGGUCUUGUUGGCAUGCUCUUUGAAUCCCGGCGUAUUCGCGACACGCUCAACAACACUUUAUUACGAUGCCCUACUUAUGAAAAUGAUGAUGAGAACUGGAAGCCGCCUAAGUCACAGGGCGUUCCGCUUAACCCGAUGCCGGCUCUUAUUAUUUUUCUUCUGGGUACGAUGAUGGGAUCGCAUCAUCAGGACAGCAUGACUUCGACUAUGGUGCAUAAACAAUGGGGUAAUAUGCUUGUUGGAUUCGCGAUUUCUCGCGGAAUGACAUAUUUUCUUUUGUUUUUGCUCCCGCCAACUUCUUAUCUUCCGGCUCGUCCUCCCACUGAGAUCAUUGCUGGAUUUUGUCUUAUGUCUGGUGGACUCAUCUUCAUGCUAAGUACCCGCCCAGUAAUCGAAGUCAUGGAAGUCUAUGAGCUAGACGCCAUGCUUACAUUCACAGUGGCAAUGGGUUUCACAGCUUUCAUCAUGUCGCUGGUGGUUUUGAACAUCGCAAUCAAGGCGUGGGCGAUGCAGCGCGAACGAGGGCAAAAUAAACGACUAUCCUCAGGAUGA